CAAAUAUCCAGAUAUACCCAGCUCAGUUACAGGGAUCAGCUGCAAAGGACGGGGGACCAGUAACGUACUCCAAACCUCCUUUAAACUUCGCCUCUUCCACCCUUUCUCACCACCUCCCACAUCUCUUUGUUCCAGCUGUCCAGCGGCAGGGAGAGCCGAUCGCAGAGACCGAGCUACUGCUGACAAGUGACAAUGACUGCGAGGAGGACGAGGAGGAACUGAGCGAGGUGGAUUCCGAUGAUGUUUACGAGUUCUUCGAUGACCCCAAGGAUGAGAAUUACAUCCCUUCAUCCGAUAGCGGCUCAGACCGGGGCAAGAGACGGGGAAGGACCCGCAGGAACAGUGUCAGGAAGCCUCCCGAGGACCCGAUGGAGAGGCGGCCCCCCCGGAGACGACAGGAGCAGCCCCACCCCCUGGAGCGGCCCAAGAAGAUACGGAAGAAGAUUCCCAAGGAGUACGUCCGUUGUGAAUUUGAGGGAUGCGGGAAGAUCGUCUCCAACCCCCAGUAUCUGAAGCGCCACAUGAAGUACCAGCACCAGCUCCAGCGCACCUUCGCCUGCUCCCACCCCAGCUGCGGACGCAUCUUCCGUUUCAAGACCCAGAUGGAGGAGCACGAGAAGCUGCACAGUGACCAGCGCAACUACAUCUGUGAGUUCUGCGGCCGGGCCUUCAAGACGGACAAGAACCUGGUGGUACACCGACGGAUCCACACUGGAGAGAAGCCACUGCAGUGUGAGAUCUGCGGCUUCACCUGCCGACAGAAGGCCUCGCUGAACUGGCACAUGAGGAAGCACGACGCGGAGUCCGGGUACCAGUUCCCCUGCGACGUCUGCGGCAAGCGCUUUGAGAAGAAGGACAACGUCAACGCCCACAAGAGCAAGUCGCACCCCGAGACGCUGCUGGCCGCCGUCGCCAGCCUGUCCGCACUGGAGGAGAGCGGAGCCUUCGCCGUCUUCCCCGCCUUCCACCAGAACGAGGCCGUGGGGGCCCCCGCUCCCCCCGGCUUGGAGGGCUGGGCCCGGCCUCUGGACCCCGGUGAGGCCUAAUCUCCCUCCACCCUCCCACCUACCCUUGUCCUCACUAUCUUCCCCUCGCUCCCUCCCCUUCCCUCAGCAUCACUUCUCCCCCCCUCAGCAUCACUUCUCCCCCCCUCACUGUGCCUUCCCCAGCCCCCCCCCCCCCCCGACUCCCCUCAGGCAGAUUCUCGGAGCUGGAUCGAGAAGGCUGAAUCUUGUCCUAUUUUCAGGAUGUUGUAAAUACCCGGAGGGACGUGUGUGUACAGGUGUGUGUGUGUGCGGGCUCGGGCCGGAUGUACAGGUGGAGCGACACGGGGUGGGAAUGGCUGGCUGUGCUGACCAGCCCACCGGGGUCUGAUCUCCCGCCCUCCUAUGUCGGACGCGGUGUAUCAUUACUGUAUAAUACAAUAAAUUACUUGCCUGUGAUCCCCCUCCCUCACUUCAAGCACUGCUGGUGAUCGGGCAGAACAUACAAGCACUCACAGAGACCCACACACAGAGACACACACACACACACACUCACACACAGAGACACACACACACUCACACACACACACACACACACACACUCACACACAGAGACA